CCGGAAUCUCUAGGAAAGGUUUCACAUUCAAAAGCCGGAACUUCCCCUGGUUUGAUUGUACCAAGGUCCUCCAGUGUAUUUCCCAGCUGUUUCCUCUGAGUCACAUCUUGAACAUCUCUCUCGGUCUCCCUAACCGUCCCUAAUUCGGCUUCAACACGACGACACAUACCCCUGACAGGAUUGCUUGUUCGCCUCCUACGAGAAUUAUCGACAAUGGCGAACCUCAACGUCCAUAUCCCGUCCCUCAAACUGGGGGAUGGUAACCAGAUUCCCAUGCUCGGGUACGGGACCGGUACCUCGUGGUAUAAGAGGGGUGACGAUUCCAAGAUUGACCGUGCCCUUGUCGAAGCCGCGAAGACUGCGAUCAAACUAGGAUAUACCUAUCUGGACGGUGCUGAAGUGUACGGGACCGAAUCAGAGCUCGGUCUUGCAAUCGAAGAGUCCAAGGUCCCUCAAUCCGACCUCUUCAUCGUGACCAAAGUCCUCCCCAACAUUGCCGAUAUUCCUGCCGCUCUACAAGCCUCGCUUCAGAAGUUGAAGGUCGAUUACGUCGAUCUGUAUCUUAUCCAUUCCCAAUGGUUCCCUGGCACUGAUAUCGCUGGUGCGUCUGAUGCCGAUAUCCAGAAAGCGUGGGCAGCCAUGGAGCAGGUGAAAGAGCUGGGUUUGGCUAAGUCGAUUGGAGUGUCGAAUUUCCUUCCAAAGCAGCUUGAUGCUGUCAUGGCAACAGCGAAGGUGAAGCCGGUGUUGAAUCAGAUCGAGUUCCAUCCCUAUCUGCAGCAUAUGAGCAGCGGAUUGUUGGAGUGGCACAAGAAGCAUGGGGUAGCUACUGCUGCCUAUGGACCUCUAACCCCAAUUGUCCGAGGCGAUACAAAGGAUGGAGAACUGCCCGCCUAUCUGAAAUCAUUAGCAUCGAAGUACGCAGUGUCCGAGGGUGAAAUUUUGCUUCGGUGGUGUAUCGACCAAGAUAUCGUCCCCGUUACAACGAGCUCGAAGGAACAACGCUUAAGCAAUUACCUUAGAGCUAUGACUUUCAAGUUGACUCCUGCAGAAGUGCAGGAAAUCAAGAGUCUAGGCGACAAAAAGCACUUCCGAGCGUUUUGGCCGACGAAGUUUGACGCGAACGAUCGAUCAUAGGCGCAUCAGGAGAGUUACAGACGGGGAAGUGGAUCUGCUGAACUUUACAGCCUUUAAGUAAGCUCCAGGCACGCCAGACCACAUACGUACAACGAUACAGGAGCCCUAGCAAGUAUAUAUCGAACCAAUAGGUGCUAACAAUAUUGAU